CGAGUUCAACUUGACAGUUUUUACAGUCUUCUAGCUCUCAAGCGCCCAACAGGUGCAGCAGCAGCUGUGUAUUGUGAUCGACGUCGAAAACGUCCUUGGAGAGCAAAGACUGCAGAAACUGUCAAUAUUCACUUGGAGGAAUGGCGAUUCGGGGAGCCAGGAAAGAAUUUCUAAAAUUCCUUCUCUGCCUAGGAUCACUUCAGAUACUCAUAGGAUCACUGAACGUAUACGUAAAAUGUGAGGUCCCCCGUGAUCUCGUGCGAAUGCUCCAGGAGCAAGCAAGUGACUCCUUGAAUGACAGUUCUGCAUUGCUCGAUUUCAAAAGCGGGAUUCUGGAAGAUCCUUUGGGGGCCCUUCAAAACUGGAACGACACUUCUACUUUCUGUUCGUGGUCGGGAGUCCAGUGCGAUGGUUUGCAGCAGCACGUCGUGUCUCUUAACCUGUCCUCUUUUGAGCUCAAGGGGCUCAUCUCCGAAUCAAUAGGAAGCUUAUACUCUCUCACUACUCUCGACCUCAGUCACAACUCACUCUUCGGAGCCAUUCCUUCAACAAUCGGAACUCUGAAGAACCUCACCAUUCUAUAUCUGACGGGCAACAUAGAGCUCACAGGUUCCAUUCCGGAUAGUAUCGGCGGCUGCACCCAACUCAAAGAUUUUCAGAUUGGCUUAACCAAUAUCUCUGGAGCCAUUCCUUCAACUCUCGGGAACUGUCAGCAGCUCGAGACAUUGCGGGUAUUUUCCAAUGUUGCUCUAGAUGGUCCAAUCCCGAGCAACUUGAGUCUUCUCCAAAGCUUGAAGGUGCUGGACCUGAGCAACAACACCUUGACUGGAGCCUUACCUGCUGAUCUGGGACGUCUACAGCAACUGCAGGUGCUUGACCUCGGGAAUAAUCAACUGAGCGGCGAGAUUCCCUCGCAGCUGUCACAGCUGAGUUCGUUGCUAGAUCUAUCACUUGAUUUCAAUCAGCUCACCGGACCAAUACCUGAGCAACUAGGCCUGCUUUCCAACCUGAGAGUGCUGAACCUGACUCAAAAUUCGCUCAACGGAUCGAUACCUGAACAACUGCAGCUGCUUACCAACAUCAGAGUUCUGAACUUGACAAAAAAUUCGCUCGGCGGGAAUCUGUCCUCGGAGAUGUGGAGAAAUUUGGUCCAUCUCGAGGAGCUACACCUCGACAGCAACAACUUCCAAGGCCAGAUUCCAACCGCUCUGGGUGACUUGGGUUCUUUGAAAAAAUUGAAGCUGAGACAAAACGCUUUUAGCGGCGAGAUUCCUCCGAGCCUCGGUGCACUUGGGAAUCUAACCGACCUGGAUUUGUCCACGAACACACUCACCGGCACGAUACCGACUACUUUUGCAAAUUUGUCUGCGCUUAGGAUGAUCUACAUCAGAGAUACCCAGCUGUCGGGCCCCAUCCCAUGGGGCACCCUGAGUCAAAUUCCUCACCUGGAGGAGAUUAUGUUCACUGGAAACCAAUUCAACGGGACCUUGCCUCUCACAUUUGCCAAUUUUUCUGCUGUCCAGAAGAUGGAGAUCGGGUUCAACCAGCUGACUGGCUCUAUUCCUGACGGAAUCUGCGACAGCUUCCCGAAUAUCAGGGAGGUCUCUUUCCAGUACAACCACCUCAUGGGCCCCAUACCACCCUCGAUUAAAAACUGCACAAAGCUGGAGGACAUCGUCUUUUCUCACAACAACAUUAGCGGCCCGCUUCCGAGUACACUAGGGGAAUGCGCCUCACUUCAAUGGCUUGAAGGUUGGGGCAAUGUUCUCACGGGGCCUCUGCCUCCAGAGUAUGGAUCACUCAAGAAUCUGACGGCUAUCAACUUCGACAACAACAAGCUCUCAGGACCGAUUCCUCAAGAGUUUGAGAAUCUUCUCCAGCUGUUUCACCUCUCCCUGGCCACCAACAACAUCAGUGGUCCAGUUCCUGCAUUUCUGGGUAGUCUUCCGCGUCUCUUGUUUCUGAAUCUUGGUACCAACUCCUUGACUGGAACCAUCCCGCCAGGGCUCUUCAACUCAUCUUCGGUGCUUCUACAGAUACAUCUUGACUCGAACCGGCUGGAGGGAGAAAUUCCUGAGCAGAUAGGGAGAGCAGGAAGUCUUCAACAACUGAAGUUUCACAACAACAGGUUCAAUGGGAGCAUCCCCUCGACCCUGGGAGAUCUGACAAACCUCACCACUUUGUUUCUGCGGAAAAACUCGCUCUCAGGUGCCAUUCCCGAGAGUCUUGGGCUUCUUGUGAAGCUCACCGGCCUCGACAUCGGUGAUAAUCACUUCACGAACGAGUUUCCGAGCUUUCUCAGGAAUUUAACCAACCUGCAGUCCCUCUGGCUCUCCAACAACUCUCUCACUGGAGGAAUUCCGGAGUGGAUCGGUGAGCUGGGCAAUUUGGAGUACCUUAGUUUGGGGGACAAUAACCUGGAAGGCCCUAUACCCGCGCAGCUGGGGGAUAUUACCAAUCUGACAUACUUGUCCAUCAACAACAACAAGCUUACUGGUCCAAUUCCAGACUCGUUCAGUCAGCUGACAGAAUUAGUACUCCUGAACCUGGCCGCGAAUUCUCUGAGUGGUGAACUGACGAUAGAUUUCAGCGGAUACAAUCCCUCCAAAAACAUCUCCGUCUUCUUGAGCGACAACAAUCUAACAGGUCCGUUCCCGAAGUCACUCCAAAAUGCGUCCCUCGAGAUCCUAGAUCUGAGCAACAACCACUUCCAGGGAUCUCUCCCGGACCUGCCCGGCUGGGCACCCACACCUCUGAAAGUAUUCCUCCUCAGAUCUAACAGUUUCACCGGAGAGAUUCCAUCGUGGGUGUGGCAUCUCGAGUACUUGCAGCUCAUAGAUUUCUCAGCAAACGACUUCGAGGGCAGGCUUCCUGCAGAGAUGAACAACCUGAAGAAAUUGAAGGUCGUUUCGAACAGUGUCGAGGAGUCUGACAACAGAUUCGAGCCAACCGAAGGCUUCGAUGCCCGCCAGUUCACUCACUACGAGUACGGGCUGCACCUCAAGGGCAGCUUCCAAGUGCGCACCUCCGUGUCCGCCUCGUUCACGAGCCUGGACCUGUCGCAGAACGCCUUCGCCGGCGACAUCCCGCCGCAAAUGUACGAGCUGCGCGGGCUGCGCUACCUGAAUCUCUCCCGCAACGCCUUCACCGGCGACAUCUCGCCGGCCAUCGCGAAUCUCGACGCCCUGGAGCACCUGGACUUCUCACACAACCGCCUCGCCGGUCCGAUUCCCGCCGGCUUGCCGAGCGUCGGCGUGCUCGACCUCUCGUACAACAACUUGUCCGGCGCCAUGCCCGGCGAGAUGUCCCGGUUCUUCCCCGCGUCGUUCGCCGGCAACCCCGAGCUCUGCGGACUGCCCUUGGCCGCCUGUUCCGACAGCGUGCCCACCUCGCCGGUAUCCUCGGCCUUGCCGGGAUUGGAGAGCAGCCUCGCCGACGAUCUGCUUUCUCUCGACGCCGGCAUGGCCUUCGUCGUCGGCUCUGCCAUCGGCUUCAUCGGCGUUUUCGUUCUGAUCGUCACGAGUCCGCGACUCCGCUUCCUCGUCUGCUUUCGACCCUCGAUCCCCGAUUCCUCCGCGUGCUCUCUCGAUCCCAAAUAGACCCUCUCAUCGGCAGCCCGUGCAGUUCCAGCUCGAGUUCCCACCAUGUACAGAAAAUCUGAAUCGUUUUUCCGCCAAGAAAUCAGAAGAUUUGCGAGUAGAAUCAGAGCAGUUUAACGACAACGGGAUAGGACAGUCCAGUAAAUAUUGAUUCGGGUUGCGACCAUGGACUAAGGUACUCCCUAAAUUUCAGGGGUGAGUUAUAAAAUUCGUGUAGAAAUUAGUGCAUUCAGAUAGGAUUUAUAUUUCUUGUAGACAUUGUUCAAUACUUAUGGCGGGAUCACCACAUGUAAACAACAUACUUCACGGGAAUGUAAUAUAUCCCAUGGCCUCAGUAGUUUUCGUUUCUAAACUAUCACGGGCUAAUUUUUUGAACAGAG